GGCGAACAGACGGAUAGACGGAGGAGGAAGGAAGGAAGGAAGGCGGGCAGCCAGGCAGGCAGGUGGUGGCGGGUAGCGAGUCCGCAGCGCCCGGAGCCUCGCACCUAGCGCACACCGCCUCCGACAUGGCAAGCCGAGAUCAGCUGGUGCAGCGAGCCCGGUUGGCCGAGCAGGCCGAGCGCUAUGAUGACAUGGCGGCGGCCAUGAAGUCGGUAACAGAGUUGAAUGAGGCGCUGUCCAAUGAAGAUCGCAACCUGCUUUCGGUGGCCUACAAGAAUGUGGUGGGGGCUCGCAGGUCUUCCUGGCGGGUAAUCAGCAGCAUCGAGCAGAAGACCUCUGCUGAUGGCAAUGAGAAGAAGCUGGAGAUGGUGCGUGCCUACCGGGAGAAGGUGGAAAAGGAGCUGGAGGUAGUGUGCAGUGACGUGCUGGCCCUGCUCGACAAAUUCCUCAUUAAGAACUGCAACGAGUCCCAAAUAGAGAGCAAAGUCUUCUACUUGAAAAUGAAAGGCGACUACUAUCGCUACUUGGCUGAGGUGGCCUCCGGUGAGAAGAAGGCUGGUGUGGUGGAAUUGUCUGAAGCUUCUUACAAAGAGGCCUUUGAGGUCAGCAAAGAUCAGAUGCAGCCUACUCAUCCCAUCCGCCUGGGCCUGGCUCUCAACUUCUCCGUCUUCUACUAUGAGAUCCAGAAUGCUCCCGAGCAGGCCUGCCAGUUGGCCAAGUCAGCAUUUGACGACGCCAUCGCUGAACUGGACACUCUAAAUGAGGGUUCCUACCAGGACUCGACACUCAUCAUGCAGUUACUGCGGGACAACCUCACCCUCUGGACAACGGACCAGCAGGAUGAUGAAGCAGGCGAAGGCAACAAUUGAUGGUCAUCCCCCUACCUGCCCUUCCUCCCCGCCUUGCCCACCCACCAUAUGUGCUAUAUACCUUAGUGCUGAUAUAUCUACUGUACACACUCCCCUAAAUCUGCUGUAUGCUCAUCAGAGAAGGAAAGAUGCUGAAGUCUUUGCUGUAUUGGUAUUUAAGCCCGUUUGCUGUAGUUUGAAAUUAAGAAUCAUGCAAAAGUGAUUGUCCACAAAUCAUUGAUUGUUUUCUUCUUGGUCCCUUUUUUUUUUAAAGUUCAGAUGGUACCCCUCCCAACCCCUAAAAAUAAAUGACACUUGGUGGUUUAAUCACUAAUCUAGAUCAAUGAUGACAUGUAAUGAUGGCUCAUGACCAAUCACCCCUUGCAUGUGAAAAUUGCAAUAUCCCUGAUGGUCAUUUAAAUUCCAGCGCCGUGUCAAUUUGAUCUUUCCUUAAAUUAACUGUUUACAUGAUUGCUCAUUUUAGCCAAUAAAUAUGUCAUUCUUGAGAUAAAUUUAUAUAAAACUAGGAAGACUGGCCUUUCUGUUGCUGAGUGUUUGUUUUGGGCUAUUUUAAUUUUGUGGAGUCCUGUGAUGUACACAGACCUUGGGUAAUGCCUUUCAUCUGCUUGAAUGUUAUUUUGAUCCUUUUGUCAGGUGUCUGUUUGUACCUAGUAGUUAAAUUUUCUUCUGUAAAACAUCAGCUUUACCAAUCAGUUUUCAAGCUGGUGUCAUUGAGCUUGGAGGAUUGUCAGAAAGCUGCGAGGAUAAUAAAUGAUAUCUGAUGGAAUGCCAAAAUUUAAUUCAAUGUUGAGUUGAAUGGAUGAUAAUAAAUGCUGCCUCGGCUAUAACAUG